AUGUUCUUCCCAUUCUUGGAGAAAUCUACUGCUAUGGAGUCACAACUAUCUACGCCAGCGCAUCGUGCGCUGCAAAUCGACGAGGUCCUCACCGGGGUCUUUCGCCAUCUCUCGCCUUACAUCUGGGAACGCCAGGUCCUGCUUGCCUCGCCCGACGGCCUUCACAUAGACUAUGGGAAGGACUUCUCUCAUCUAGCGGCGGACGCCCUCCCCCGUGCCGACAAUCAGAAGGCUCUCGUGCAAUGUUCUCAGGUAUCCCGCACGUUCUGCCCCCAUGCCCUCAAGGUUCUCUGGCGAACCCUCCCCAAUCUCAGACCAAUACAGCAUCUGUUGGACUCGAUGCAGUUCUCAUACGCGGAUUUGGAGUCGGGGACCCCGUACCAUACGUUCCCCGCGCACAUCGAAACCUCAUCUCUCACGGCACGCAAGUGGAGACGGUACCACUGGUAUGUCUCGUGCAUCGUUGGAGUCCGCUCUGUAAUCGACUACAACGCCUUCGAAGAAUGGUCGGACAGGGGUGGCCCUCCUCUCCUCCCCAAGCUGCAGAGCGCUCGCUUUCGGUUAGAUCCACGAUCGAUCAACCGCGCACUCCGAUUGCUCGUUACCUCCGUCCGCGACCUUACCAUUAACUUCGACUCCAGCGGUGUCCACUGGGAAGGAUCGCCGCUGAGCACCGCAGAUAUCCUGCGGGCCGCUGCGAGGCGGGCACCCGCCACAGAGGUGCUCAACGUCACCUUCAAAGCGCCUCCGAAGGAUCUGCUCCCUGUACUUCCCCAGUUUAAGCACCUCCGUGCACUGGUCAUCACAGGGUGGAUGACCCCCUCGCUCCAUGAGGCGCUCGAAGUCCUCGAGCACCUCGAGUUGCUCUACGUGAAGCUUUACUGGACGCACCACGCCGACGCGAGCCUGCGCGACCUGCAACUCCGACGGUGCUCCUCUAUCAAGGCUUUCGUUGCGCUCACGCUGUCCGAGCCCAUCCUCUGCGCCCUCCGAAUGACGGAGUUCCCCGUCCUGGAGCGCGUGCGGCUCGAGGUGUGGCCGCACGCGAGCGACGCGACCGAAGCACUCACGCAGAUCAUGGACACCCUGCACAAACACGCGCCGAAGCUUCACAGCUUCGUCCUCACGACGCGCUCCGCCGCCAAGCACGGCGACCGCCCCCCACCGCGGCUCGCGACGGUCCUCGACCCGUUCCUACAGCACGCUGCGCUGGAGACGCUCUCCGUCACCCUCGAGGACAACUAUGCGUUCGCGCUGACGCGCGUGGACAUCCUCGCAUUCGCCGGCGCGUGGCCCAACAUUGUCACCCUUCACCUUGCGCAUGCGCCAGCCCGCAGCCCCGACGCGCUCCCGCCCAUCGUGAGCGUGCUCGACUUCGUGGCGGCCUGCCCGCGGCUCGAAACGCUCGUGCUCUGUGCGCGGUUCGACUGCACCGCGCGCGACACGUGGCGGGACGCAGCGAUUCUGCCACACUCGCUGCGCGGGCUCUUCCUUGGGCUCGACGCGGAGACGGGGUCAUACCGGCCGGACAAGACGUGGCGCGCGUUGGCGGCCGUGCUGGAUCGCUGCUUCCCGCACCUGGAUGUGGGGCGUGAUCUGGUACGGGCGGCGGUUGUCGGGGCGCAGGCAGUGGAGUUAUGGCAGGGCGUGCUGCAGCAUUUGAAGGAGAUCCGGGCUGGGGGGAGGAGAUCGCUCAGCCCGGAGUUGUGAGGCAUGUACAUGCUUUUCAAGAUUCCACAUAUCGAUUUCUCAACUUCUGCAGAUACACCCAUCUCAAAUUAUGCCGCACUCGUUCGGUGCUCAUUCAACUGCUGUCAAUUUCCAUGUUCUCUGUUAUGUUCGCUCUCAGGCUAUCUUCCUAAUGUAAUAUUAAG